AUGUCUGAAAUGAAAUCAGUCGCCUACUUUGUCAACUGGGCGAUCUACGGCCGCAACUAUAACCCGCAGGAUCUGCCCGCAGAGAAGCUCACGCAUAUCCUCUAUGCAUUCGCUAACGUCCGUCCCGAAUCCGGAGAAGUGUACCUGACCGAUUCUUGGUCUGAUAUCGAGAAGCAUUACCCAGGAGACUCUUGGAAUGACGUCGGGACCAAUGUCUAUGGAUGUGCCAAGCAGCUUUUCCUGCUCAAGAAGCGGAACCGCAAGUUGAAGAACUUGCUGUCCAUCGGUGGCUGGACUUACUCGGCGAAUUUCGCACAGCCUGCAAGCUCAGACCAGGGUCGUACUGAAUUUGCUGAAUCCGCAACACGCCUGGUUCUGGAUCUAGGAUUUGAUGGUAUUGAUAUUGAUUGGGAGUAUCCCAAGGAUGACAACGAGGCUUUGAACCUGGUUCUUCUGCUCCGGAAGUGCCGAGAGGUUCUUGAUAAUGCAGCUGGUCCUGAUCGCCGUUUCUACUUGACGAUCGCCUGCCCUGCAGGACCCAACAACUAUGAAAAGCUCCGGCUGCAAGAGAUGACCCCGUUGUUGGACUUUUACAAUCUUAUGGCCUAUGAUUUCGCCGGAAGCUGGGAUAAAAAUGCUGGCCACCAGGCGAACAUCGUCCACUCCAACUCCAACCCUGCAGCCACUCCUUUCUCGGCCGAUUCCGCCAUUAACUACUACAUCAACGUUGGUGGUGUGCCCCCGUCGAAGAUCGUCAUGGGAAUGCCACUGUAUGGACGUGCAUUCACCAACACCGAUGGGCCUGGCGCUCCAUUCUCGGGGGUCGGCGAAGGCAGCUGGGAAAACGGCGUCUGGGAUUACAAGGCGCUGCCAAGGCCAGGAGCCCAGGAGCAGUUCGAUGCUGAGUCGGGAGCAUCUUGGUGCUAUGAUGGCGGUUCGCGGACCAUGGUCUCGUACGACACUGUUCAUCUGGCACAGGUGAAGGCUAACUACAUCCGGCAGCGCGGCCUGGGUGGUGGCAUGUGGUGGGAGAGCAGUGGCGACAAGGGAGGCCCGGCGGCAAAUGCAUCUGAUGGAAGUCUGAUCGGUGUCUUCGUCGACGCAGUGGGUGGCCCGGGUGCUUUGGAUCAGUCGGCAAACGCUCUCCAUUAUCCAGAGAAGCAAUAG